GAGUAAAGACUACAGACUAAAGAGUAAGGACCAAGCUGCGGCCUGGCCUGGGGGUUAUAAAACAAGAGAAGAGGGAAGAGGAGAACUCGUUUGACCUCGUCGACUCACAGGCACCUAUCAUAGACCCAAUCCACACCUCUCCUGCCCUCUCAGGUUCAGGCAGCACCAAACCCCUCACCACAACCGCCGCCGCCACCACCACCUUCUUGACCCUGGAAACUGGAAAGACAAAUCAAAUUCCGGUCUUUUAUGGAGACCGCUCUACUGCUUUUUCUCAAUCUUUAAGCAAAAUUCAUCAAUUCUCCUAUUUCUCCCGUCUCUCAGGCAACAAGAAGAAGAGGAAGAAGAAGUAGCAGCAGCAGCUAUAUAUAGAUACCACAAUCCCUCAGCCAGAGAGGGAGAGAGAGACACCCAUCUUUCCUCUCUUCCUCGUCCCCCUCUGUUCUCCUUUAAACAGUUCUGGUUUAUUUUUUCUUCCAUUUUUUUUUUCUUUUUUUUUGUGAAUUCUCUUUCUUUCUUUUUGUCGCUGGGGAGGGGUGCACAACCUUUUUGGAUUGAUCUGUUAUUGAUUUGAUCUUCGAUCACCUUGGGAGUUUGUGUCCGCUGCGGCCAUGACUGACCUCGUAAAGCAGAUCCUGGUAAAGCCGAUCCAAUUGGCGGACCAGGUGACCAAGGCCGCCGAUGACGCCCACUCCUUCAAGCAGGAGUGCGCGGAACUUAAAUCCAAAACCGAGAAGCUCGCGGCCCUCCUCCGCCAGGCCGCCCGUGCCAGCAACGACCUCUAUGAGCGCCCAACUCGCCGCAUCAUCGAUGAUACAGAGCAAGUCCUGGACAAGGCCCUCGCCCUCGUCUUCAAGUGCCGCGCUAAUGGAAUCAUGAAGCGCGUCUUCACCAUCAUUCCCGCUGCCGCCUUCAAGAAGAUGUCAGCCCAUCUCGGAAAUUCCAUUGGUGAUGUCUCCUGGCUCCUCCGUGUCUCUGCGUCCGCAGGCGACCGUGACGACGAAUAUCUCGGCCUUCCCCCUAUCGCUGCAAACGAGCCCAUCCUCGGCCUCAUCUGGGAACAGAUCGCUACCCUCCACACUGGAUCCCUAGAGAACAGGUCCGACGCUGCCGCUUCACUCGUCUCCCUCGCUCGUGACAACGACAGAUACGGUAAGCUCAUAAUCGAGGAAGGUGGGGUGGUGCCCCUCUUGAAGUUGGUAAAAGAAGGCAAAUUGGAAGGCCAGGAGAACGCUGCCCGUGCCAUUGGACUCCUCAGCCGCGACCCGGAGAGCGUUGAGCAUAUGAUGCACGCUGGUGUCUGCUCAGUGUUUGCGAAAAUCCUCAAAGAAGGUCACAUGAAGGUUCAGGCCAUGGUGGCCUGGGCAGUGUCUGAACUUGUUGCCCAUCACCCCAAAUGCCAGGAUCUUUUCGCCCAGAACAAUAUAAUUCGACUGCUCGUUAGCCAUCUCGCCUUCGAGACCAUUCAAGAACACAGUAAAUAUGCUGUGACCAGUAACAAACCUGUGUCCAUGUCCAUCCAUUCGGUCCUAAUGGCUAGUAAUCAUCCCAAUCACCACGAUAACAGCAGACCCCCCGCCUUGAACAAUCACCAACCCAAUGAAGACGAGAGUCAGAUCCCUCACCCAUUGAGUCGCCAACAGCCGAACCAGAUGCAUAAUGUAAUCACAAACACCAUGGCUGCAAGAAAAGUAUCGAAGCCACACCAACCGCAAGCUAACAAUGCCAACAACAGUCACCAAACAAACCAAGUCAAAAGCUCAAAACAAGAUCACCAUCAGCAGCAGCAGCCUCAUCAUCACCCUCAACACAUCUCUCUGGCCGGGGGUAGCAUUAAAGGAAGGGAAUUUGAAGACCCAGCCACCAAGGACAAUAUGAAGGCCAUGGCAGCCAAAGCCCUUUGGCACCUCGCCAAGGGAAAUUCUGCCAUUUGCCGGAGCAUCACCGAGUCCAGAGCGCUCCUUUGCUUUGCGGUCCUCUUGGAGAAAGGCCCAGAUGAGGUCCGAUACAAUUCAGCUAUGGCGUUGAUGGAGAUUGCCGCUGUCGCCGAGCAAGACGCUGAACUUAGACGGUCUGCGUUCAAGCCCAAUUCUCCUGCUGCCAAGGCCGUCUUCGACCAGUUACUGAGCAUCGUAGAGAAGGCUGAUUCGGACCUCCUUGUACCCUGCGUCCAGGCCAUGGGCAACUUGGCAAGAACUUUCCGAGCAACCGAGACGAGGAUCAUUGGGCCACUCGUGCGAUUGCUUGAUGAAAAAGAAGGGGAUAUUUCCAGGGAGGCUGCCAUUGCGCUCACUAAGUUUGCCUGCGAUGAGAAUUACCUAAAUGUUGACCACUCUAAGGCCAUAAUCGACGAAGGAGGAGCGAAGCAUCUAGUUCAGCUUGUGUAUUUCAGCGAACAGAUUGUGCAGAUACCGGCAUUGGUUCUGUUAUCCUACAUUGCGUUGAAUGUACCAGACAGCGAGGCACUUGCGCAAGCGGAAGUCCUUACAGUGCUCGAAUGGGCGUCGAAGCAGGGGUACAUGAUGCAAGAUCCCAUUGUUGACACGUUAUUGCCAGAGGCCAAAGGUAGGUUGGAGCUCUACCAAUCCAGAGGUUCAAGGGGAUUCCAUUGAUUCAAUGUGCAGAAAGUACAAGACUGCAAUUUUUGUCUUUUUUGUCACUUUGUCACUUCUCAUGGAAUGUAAAUCCAUUUAGGUUUUCUGGGUCGUCAGAAAAAACCCCAUGAGAUCAAAGUUUCAUAUUCAUCUUUUA